AUGGUGGCGGCCGAAAUGGACUGCGGCGAUCUGACGGAGUGUCCCGGCCUCGGGCAGUGCGUGGAUCCCGACAAGCUGUGCGACAGGACGGCCAACUGCAAGGACAAGAGCGACGAGGCCUCGUGGUACUGCAACCCGCUCGACUGCUCCGACCCGGAUACCACCGUGGAGUGCGUGGGCACCGAGUAUUGCGUGAAGCCCUCCCAAGUCUGCGACGGCAUCAUGCAGUGCCCAGGCGCGAUAGACGAGACCCCCGGCUUCUGUCUCGACUACCGCAGCUCCGACUGCGAUUACGACCAGGUCAAAUGCACCGCCACCUCCGCGUGCAUCAAGGGGUACAUGUGCGACGGCGUGGCCAACUGCCCCAAGGUGAAGAACGCGAGCGGCGUGCUGAUAGCGCCCGACGAGGACCCCAAGUACUGCGCCGCGUACGAGUGCCUGGAGGAUUUCCAGAAGUGCGAAAAUGGGCUGCAGUGCGUGCUGAUUGACGCCAUCUGCGACGGCAAGAAGGACUGCCUCGACGGGAGCGAUGAGGUCGACUGUGGGUUUCCGGACCCGUACCAGGCCGCACUUAUUGCUCAGGACAAGGCUAAAGCAGCUGCUGAUGCUGCAGACGCCAAGGCCAGGCAGGUUCAGGCAGACGCCAACACUGCUGGGACCGAAGCCGACAGGCUUCAGAGAGUGGCUAACAGCGCCGUGGGUGCUGGUGCUAAGGCAAAGAAAGACGCUGCUAAGAAGGCCCGGGCGGACGUUGCAACGAAACAGGCUGCUGCUGCCGCUGCCAAAGCGGACGCGGAGAGCAAGGCGAAGGAGUAUGAGAGCGCGAAAGACACGGCGGAUAGGCUCCGGGAGAAGCUGAAGAAGGCGAUCAGCAAGGCGCAGAACUCGGGGAGUGUGAAGGCGUCGGGUGCUGCGGCUGAGAGGCUGACUUCGGCAGCGGAGCGUGCGGCGCUGCAGAAGCAGAAGAAGCAGGAUGCGAUGAGUUUCGCGCAGAACCAGCGACAGGCGAACAAGGUUAAGAUGUCGGCUAAAGCGGCUGAGGUGCUGAACCGUGCGCGGGCGGCGAAGAGCCUUUGGGACAAGUCGGUGUUUACGCUGGAAAGGCUGUAUAAUGAUACUUUGGAUGCAGAAGCGCUGCUUGAUAAGAUGAGCGAGCGGUAUGAUAAUCUGACGAAUGAUAUUUCGCGGCUGAACCAGGAGAUUCGAAAGUACCUGGCUACGGGGGAGAUGGAGCGGGUGCAGCUUCGGCAGAAGAAUGUUGUCCGAACCAAGAAGUGGCUCGACCAGACCAAGUCGGAUCGGGACGAGGCGUACCAGGCAUACUUGGCGUCGAUGACUCUUCUUGAGGGGGGGGAGGGCGACGUGUCAUUGAGGAGGAAGACUUACAUGCGGAUCGUGAAGGAGUCAAAUAUUCUCAAUGGGAAGGACACGACGGAUGAGCUUCUAGAUGGCGGAUAUGGUGACAGUGCGGGUGGUGAUUCUUCAGGUGAUGGUUCAGGAGACGGCACAGAUGGAGGUGAUGGCGGGGAUGGUGGUGGUGACCCAUGGCUUGGUUGA